AUGUUCACCAUUUCGUUGAUUCUCGUUGUGGCCGUUUCGGGAAUGCAAGCCACGGAUUACAUUCUGGAACUUGAGGAGUUGUAUUCGCCAUGUACCAACGGCCCAAACGGAUCGAUUCCUCUCGACGAAGCCUUUAAUGUCGAAAAUUUUCAAUACGAAAUAAAACCCAACGGCAUUCACGUUUCGGGAAAUGUGACAACCGUUUGGAACUUUGUGCGCACCGAUCGCUUAGCAGGCAGGAUGAAUGUUUUGAAAUAUAAUCGCGGUUCUUGGGAACCAACAAUGUUUAACAUAGCUACGUACCAAGUGUGCAAUGUGAUUUUCGACAAGAAUUCCUACUGGUACAAAUGGUGGUUCCAAUACAUUGUGAACCAGGAGGAUUUAAAGCAGAAUUGCAUCACAACGAAAGAUACCGUUCUGGUGCAUAGUCCUUUCGUCGUGAAGCUGGGCCUAGAACGUAUCUUCGGUCCGCCCAUGCAAGGACGUUAUAAGGCGGUUAUCAUUUUUGAAGUGUUCGAUGAAAAUAACGUACGGCGACCGCUUUCAACGUGCUUCGAGGUUAGAGGUCGUGUUGAGAAGAAAACGAACGUGUAUUCAUAAGCAUUUUCGUAGUUUUUAAAAAAGCGUUUUUUUGUAUUGUU